UGUCAGUCGGUGGAUCAGAGCGCGCGGAGGAGAAGCAGCUUCAGACACUCCUACCUGAGCAUGUUGACCUGAUUCAAGAUGGACGACCCGACCAACAGCAGUGUGGCUCUAACAGACUACUUCCUGGCUAGUGACGGCCUGGACUACGAGAUUCCUCUGGACGAGAUCCCGGACACCACGCAGGGCCGGGCCUUCUUUGUAGCCAUGAUCGUCAUCGCAGUGGUCCUGGUGGGUAUCAUGUUGGUCUGUGGCGUUGGAAACUGUCUGUUCAUCGCCAGCCUCGCCCGCUACAAGCAGCUCCGCAACCUGACCAACCUGCUAAUCGCCAACCUGGCCGUGUCCGACGUGCUGGUGGCGGUGGUGUGCUGUCCCUUCCUGCUAGACUACUACGUGGUGAAGCAGCUGUCAUGGGAUCACGGCCUGCUACUCUGCGCCUCCACCAACUACCUGCGCACCGUCUCUCUCUACGUGUCCACCAACGCCCUGCUGGCCAUCGCUGUGGACAGGUACAUGGCCAUUCUCUACCCUCUGAGGCCUCGUAUGAAGCACCAGACGGCGUACUGCGUGAUCCUGACGGUCUGGAUCGUCCCCAUCUUCAUCUCCAUCCCCUCGGCCUACAUGGCCUCUGAGACCAAGUACCCACAUGUGGAAGGUCGCACCCACAAGACCUUCUGUGCUCAGAUCUGGCCCGUGGACCAGCAGAUCUACUACCGCUCCUACUUUCUCCUCAUCUUCGCUCUGGAGUUCAUGGGCCCGGUGAUCGUCAUGGCCGUCUGCUACGUCCAGAUCUCCAGGGAGCUGUGGUUUAAGAACGUUCCAGGUUUCCAGACGGAGCAGAUCCGGAAGAGGCUUCAGAGGCGUCGGAGGACGGUGGUGGUGCUGAUUUUGGUGCUAGUCGCCUACGUCCUGUGCUGGGCGCCAUACUAUGGCUUCGCCCUGCUGCGGGACUUUUACCCCACCCUCAUAUCCAGGGACAAGAACUCCCUGGUGGUCUUCUACAUCAUCGAGUGCAUCGCCAUGAGCAACGGGGUCAUCAACACCUUCUGCUUCAUGAGUGUCCGAAACAACACCAAGCGCCUGAAGAAGGCGGGCAAGUUCCCGCUGAGGCUGAUGACCUUUGUGACCGCCAAGUCGGUGGAUGAAGGGGAGGCACGCACCUCCUCUCUGCGAGUGACAGAGGAUGCGGAGGGAGCUCGGUUGAAGUAGAGGUCAAACAUCUGACAGCUCAAACAGCAUGCUGGAUCUCCUGCAGCUCAAACUUUCAGAACCACAUCAACAAGGCACAAAAUGGGAAAUCUCAACCCGUAUUAUGGCAAGAUGGCGGCUUUGUCAAUGUGUGUAACGGACAUAGUUCAUCAUUUGAAGCCGAAAACAGUGGAAUCAUAUUUGUAGCUCUGUUUCUGAAAAGCUGGACAGUUUGUAGAAAUGCUGGAUGUAAACGUUGGUUCACCUCGAGCAGAGAUGUUCUGAUCGUGGGUAGAUAAUAAACAAAGGUUUGAUGAAGAACAUAUCUGGAAGAUACAGACUGCUGCUAGACAACAAGUAAAAAUGUUUGUAUUCCUUCCAUAAGGUCUGGUGUCUUUCAUGGAGACACAAGCACACCUGCUGUUUUUGUUCAUGUUAGUGCAAAAUGCAAAAGAUACUGGUUGACGUGGAAUAUAAACCUGAGGGUGUGCUGAGUAAUAAAUACACUUUUCAGUAGGGCUGGGCGAUCAUACGAUCUCAAUUCGGGAUCAUGAUAAAAUUUUGAUCAAUCUCAAUUAUCAGCAUGGGACGUUUUGAAUCAAUAUCAUAAGGCAAAAGUAAGCGCAACAACAGCAUAUCAGAGUCUGCCGGCUACUGUAUGCCAUGCAGGCAGGAUACGCCCACUUCUCAUUGUAAGCGUGGCUACAGUUGUGACGGGAGGUAAACAGAGAGAGAAGUUGGAAAAAGGAGAAAAAAUGAGUGACUGAAGUCGAGGAUGGCAAAAAUAAUGCAGAACGUGAAAGCGACAUCACUAUAUUAUCCGGAACCGAAGAUAUUGUUGAAAAAAAAGAGAUAAAGCGACGUCAGUUGUGUGGAAGUGGUUUGGAUAACGUUACCUCAAAAGUGAUGAGGAGCAGAUGAAGCUGGUCUGCAAAAUAUGCCGGCGGUUGGUACCAACCAGGUCGGGAAACACCACAAACCUUCCCAAUCACCUGAGACGGCACCAUCCCAGUGACCACACAGAGAGUCUAACUAUGUGGCCUCAAGUUGCCCCGACUCCACACACACACAGCUUAGCAAGACCCCUUCAUCUGCUGUUAGCGUCGCUAGCGGCAGCUUAGCAAAACAAUAGUCUAUCCAGUCGUGUUUGGCAGCCAUUACCCCAUAUGAGAAGCAUUCAAAGCGGUAAGUUUAUAUACAGUGUUUCCAUAAGUUAAAGCUUUUAUUUGACAUUGCUUCUCGUUCUUUGAGUUUACAUAUGGCUAAAGGGGAAAAAAAAAACAACCGUAAACGGACAGCAUGAUUAGUGUUGCGUUCAAGGUCCCCCCCAAAAAAGGGAGUAAAAAAUGGCCGAAUAUUCAAUUUUUUUUCCUCAGUCGAAUCCCGUGUCAUCCAACGAAGCUUCGAAGCUUCGAAUUUUUUGGGUCACCCCUAAUGCCGCAUUCAUUUGGCAAUCCAGGCUGGUCAUUCCUUGUCGGAUUUAUAUGACUGUAUGACACGUCUGAUC